CUCUCUUUUUUUCACUUACGACGAGUAUUCACCAAUGUCACUUUGAUUCUUUUGUUGGGGUUUCUGCGCAUCUGGCUGGCCAUGGAUACAUCUUCUCUCGUAAUUAAUCAUCACCACUCUCUCUCUCGCGUCAUCAAACUUCCCCAUAUACCCAAAUCAUCUUAUCCUUUCUCCUCCUUUCAAUCUUUCCCGACAAGACAACUCCUCAACAAACAUCUCUCUUUCCGAGUAACAUCUCCAGCUGCGAUACAAAGAGACAACUACGAAACGGCCUCCUUCGUGGAAGAAGACGACGAAUCAUACGGAGAAGUCAACAGAAUCAUCGGCAGCCGGAUGGCGGAAGGAGGAAACGGCGCCGCAAUGGAGUACCUAAUCGAGUGGAAAGACGGCCACUCUCCCUCGUGGGUCCCAUCCAGCUACAUCGCAGCCGACGUCGUGUCCGAAUACGAGACUCCCUGGUGGACCGCCGCGAGAAAAGCCGACGACAAGGCCUUAGCUGAGCUUCUUGAAUCAUCUGAAGGUCGCCGCGACGCCAACGCUGUAGACGAAAACGGAAGGACGGCGCUUCUUUUCGUUGCGGGGCUAGGCUCCGACAAGUGCGUUAGGCUCUUGUCCGAAGCUGGAGCCGAUCUUGAUCACCGUGACAUUAGAGGGGGACUCACAGCGCUGCACAUGGCGGCUGGGUACGUGCAACCGGAUGCUGUGGCGGCGUUGGUGGAGCUCGGAGCGGAUGCGGAGGUGGAAGACGAGAGAGGGUUGACGCCGUUAGAGCUUGCGAGAGAGAUUCUUAAAACGACGCCGAAAGGGAACCCGAUGCAGUUUGGUCGGAGAAUAGGGUUGGAGAAGGUGAUUAGUAUACUUGAAGGUCAAGUGUUCGAGUACGCGGAGGUGGAGGAGAUUUUGGAGAAGCGAGGGAGAGGGAAAGACGUUGAGUAUCUGGUGAAAUGGAAGGACGGUGGAGAUUGCGACUGGGUCAAAGGUGUACACGUGGCGGAAGAUGUGGUGAAGGACUAUGAGGAUGGCCUGGAGUAUGCUGUAGCGGAGAAGGUGUUGGGGAAGAGGAUGGGGGAUGAUGGUAAGACGGAGUAUCUUGUGAAAUGGACUGAUAUGGCUGACGCCACGUGGGAGCCUGAGGAGAACGUUGACACUAGCCUUGUGCAACUCUUUGAAGAAGAAGAGGCUCAACCUGUUAAUGGCCCAACCAUUGUAUGAGCUUCAGCUUGGGAUGAUUAAGGAAGACCCCAUGGUUUUUGUUUUGUUUUUUUCCUAUUGAAAUUUUCUUUUUAACUAAAUUAAUAUUUCACAAAGAAGCAUUUGUCAAUGAUGUGUUAUAACAUUUGCUGAGAUUAGAACACUUGGUGAAUGUCGACAAAAAAAAAUAGAACACUUGGUGAAUUCCAAUUUCACAAAAAAGAUUUUGUUAGUCUGACUAGUUUCUGC